AUGCCCCACAAGUUCUACCACGGAAAGACCGGGCGAGUCUUCAACGUUACCAAGAGAGCUGUGGGCGUUAUUGUAGUCAGAAACAGGACCAUUCAGAAACGGAUCAAUGUGAGGAUAGAGCAUGUGAAGCAUUCUCGAUGUCGGGAGGAUUUCCUGAAGAGAGUCAAGGCCAAUGAACUGAAGAGGAAGCAGGCGAAGGAGAGGGGAGAGAAGGUGGUGUGUAAACGACUGCCAGAGGAGCCACGGCUGGGACACUUUGUGAGGACGGGAGGCAAGGAGCCGGAGCUGGUGGAGCCCAUUCCUUAUGAAUUGUGUGACAUGAACUUACGUCAUCUUUUAGUCUCUGUAUGUGAGGUAGUCCUGAGCUGA